CUUCUUCCUCCUUCCAGAAGCAUCAUGCGAGCACUGUUGGAGGUCGUUCAGUUCCUCCAUUCCAAGAACAUCGUGCACCGUGAUCUUAAACCAGAGAACAUACUUCUCGAUGAUGACAUGAAGGUUAAGCUGUCUGACUUUGGGUUUGCCCUACAACUGGCCCCUGGAGAAAAGUUACAAGGUGAGUUGACUCGUCCAUGGUGUAAUUUUUCUGUGUGCAGGUGGAGCUGUGGGGUGAUCAUGUACACGCUGCUCAGCGGCUCCCCACCAUUCUGGCACAGGAAGCAGAUGCUGAUGCUCAGGAUGAUCAUGGAGGGAAAUUAUAACUUCAAGUCCCCGGAAUGGCAAGACCGGUCCGACACUGUAAAAGACUUGAUAUCUCAGCUGUUGGUGGUCAAACCCGAGGAGCGAUACACGGCAGACCAGGCGUUGGCCCACCUGUUCUUCCAGCAGUACCUGGUGGAGGAGACCAUCAUCUGGACUGUUCUGGCCUCCGUUCGCAUUUAUAACAAGUACCGACGUGCGAAGCCUCCCAGCAAACAAGUGCUCAUCCGCGAUCCCUACGCUUUUAAGGGAGUUCGUAAAAUUAUCGAUGGCUGUGCUUUCAAAGUGUACGGACAUUGGGUGAAGAAGGGUUUGCAACAGAAUCGAGCAGCUUUGUUUGAGAAUUCUCCAAAAGCCGUCCUGUUCUCCCUGAGAGAGGCCACAGCCCAGCUGGCAUGAAUCCACCCUCCCUGUGGUCAAUGAUGUUAGUUGGUAAAAAUGCAGCACGAGUCUGGCACCGAGCCUUGCCCUGCAUGCUGCUUCUAUUUGUCUUUCUGCUAAGGUGUGCAAUGAGGGUGUAACCUUAUGAAUGCAACUUGCUAAUGUAAACUUAGAGAAGCCGGGUGGUGGUUCAGAUCCCAAGCGGUUCUGCAGUAAGUGCUGAGAAACAUUGGCAUCGGUGUGAUUUGGUAACUUCACACUGGUUUAUAGUCGACCCCUUCCCUCUGCCUGCUGCCCCUGCUUGGCUCACACUGAUGGCUGUGACAUGUCAACCUUGUCUAUCAACAGCUCUCUCUCCUCCUCCUCGUUGAUCUUUUUCACCAUGCACACCAUCACAAGAACCUCCGUGCUGACCACCAUCGCUUGGACCUCCAGUCUCAUCUUGAGCACCAUCCCUCAGACCCCACCCCAAUCUUGAGCACCCGUCACAUGGCCCUCCAGCUUGACCAUCAUCAUUUGGACCCAGAUCCUGACCCCCACCCUCACCCUGAACACCCAUUACACAAACCCCACCAUCACAAGGAAAUCCACCCUGACCUUGACCACCAUCACGCGGAUCCAGAUCCUCACCAUCACACAGACCCCCACCCUCACCCUGAACACCCAUUGCAUGGUCCCUGUCCCCACUCUCACCUUGAAUACCAUCACAAGGAACCCCACCCAUAACGCAAUCUCCAUCACAAGGAUCCCUUUCCUCACACUGCCCACGAUCCCUGCUCUCGCCCUGAGCACCCAACCAACAAUCUCCAGCCCUACCUGCAUUUUGGCACUGGGCCACAUACCGAUGGAGACAUGGGAAUCUUUGGUGCAGAACAAAGACAUCGUGCUGAAGAAAAUACUGAAGCAUUUGUCACCAUGUUCAGCCAAAAGUGAUCCAUCUUGGCUUCACCCUAAGAUCUCACCGUCACGGAUCCCAUUCUCCUGCCAGUUUUACUCGCUGCACAUGAUUGGGAUUCAACUGAGAGCUCUGGAUGUAGCAAAGUCUGCGGGAUCAGUCAACGUUCCCAUCGUUGUAAUGAAGACCUGUGAUCCACUAACAAUGGUGUCUGCAGAUAAGCUGCUCCAGCACCGUUGCAACAUCUAUCUAACACUGGGGGAAACUAGCCCAAUAUGUCCUCUUCACCAAAACAGGACAAACCCAGUCCAACUAAUUAUCACCCAAUCAUUCUGCUCUCAAUAACGUGACUGAAGGUAUCAUCAACAGUGUGAUCCAUUGGCACUUGCUCUCCAAUGCCAUUCUACUCUAGAACCCUGAACUACAAGAAUCAGAAGUGGUGGGGGGGGGGGGGGGUAAUUACAAUUUUAAGGGGCACAGGGAGAGAGAGAUUGAGGCUUACAUGUGUACAGGUCAUUGAGCGGGUAGGUCAAGAGAGCCAUCGCAAAAAGACACAAAAUCCCGGGCUCUAUAAAGAGAGGCACAGAAUGCAAGAGCAAGGCAGUCAUGAAGAACUUCUAUCAAACUAAUUCAGCCACAACUGGAGUAUUGUGUCCAGUUGUGUGUGCCACACUUCUAGAAAUAUGGCUUUGGAGAAGGUGGAGAAGUAAUUUAAUAAAAUGACUCCAGGGGUGAGGAAUUUCAGUUGUGUGGAAAGGCUAGAGAAGCUAGGAUUGUUCAUCUUGAACAGAGGAGGUUGUGGGGGGAAUGUGAAAUAAUUGGAAGUAUGGACUAUGUAGAUAGACUGUUCCCAUUGUUGAGGGGAGGUAGGCAAAAAAACUGAAAUUGACGUCAAGAUCUUUUUGAAGCAGCCGUUGGUUUGGGUCUGGAAUGCAGAGGAGACAGGUUCAAAUGUAGGAGCAGGUGCAGGACGCUGGAUGAGAAUGGAGUGGGACGAGCUGGGUGCUCCUACAUGGGGCCCCUGCACAUCGAGAGACACAGUGGUGCAGCGGUAGAGUGACUGCCUUACACCGUCAGAGAGCCGGGUUAAAUUCUGACUACGGGUGCUGUCUGAAUGGAGUUUGCACGUUCUCCCUUUGGCUGCAUGGGUUUUCCAUGUUUCCUCCCACAUUCCAACGACAUGCUGGUUUGUAAGUUAAUUGGCUUCUGUAAAUUGUCCCUAGUGUGUAGGAUAGAACUAGUGUACGGGUGAUCGUUGGUCGGUGCAGAUGGGCCGAAGGACCUGUUUCCAUGAGAUCUAAACUAAACGGCCACCCUCUGUGCUGUAACAAAAAAUAUUGAUAGGCUUGAAUGGCUUGUUCAUGGGAUAUAGAACAGUACAGCACAGGAACAGGCCCUUCGCCUCACAAUAUUUGUGCUGAAGACAAACUCUUAUUUGCUUGCACAUAAUCCAUAUCACUCCAUUCCCUGUAUAUUCAUGCAAAGAUCCAAAAGCCACUUAAUGCCACAAUCGUAUCUGCCUCGGCCUGCAGCCCUUGCAGUGUGUUCCAGGCACUUACCAUACUCUGCAUAUAAAAAAAACAUGCCACGCACAUCUCCUUUAAACUUUGCUCCUCUCACCUUAAGCCAUGUCCUCUAGUCAUUGACAUUUUCACCAUGGGGGAAAAAGGUUUUGACUGUCUACUCAAUCUAUGUCUCUCAUAACAUUAUAUACUUCAAUCAGGUCUCCCCUCAAUCUCAGGCAUCCAGAUAAAACAGUCCAAGACUAUUCAAUCUCUCAGGUUCAAGUUCGGUAAAAUGAUUCAGCAAGAACACUCAUUGCUUUUCAGAGGAUUAAAAGGACCAAUUCACACUUCAAUAACUGACACACUUUCAUUGCAUGAAUCUGGUGGUUGGCUGUUUGGUAUGAAUUGCAGCAUGCUCUUGUUCAGUCUAACUUAAAGAAAAACAUUAAAUUAUUUUUGUGGC